UUCCAAAUUGUUGUGCUAAAAAUUCAGCUGGUUCCCUUGCUGUCAAAAGCAUUCAGGCAAAUGGCCCAAAUCCUGCUGAGAAACGUGACCAGAGCCGGCAAUGUGGCGCUGCUGGCCAAAAGCAACGCAAACAGCCCGCUGACAGCCGCCGUCGCCGGCGCCGUUGGCCAAUGUCAGCUGCACACGACGCCGGCAUGCUGCGAGAUACGGAAACUUUCCAGGCUGCGCGUGGUGGACAACAGCGAUCUGGGCAAACGUGCCAUGGCCGAGGGACGGCCGCCCCGGUGCAUACACGUCUACAACAAACGCGGCGUCGGGCUCAUCGGCGACAAGGUGCUGGUGGCCAUCAAGGGCCAGAUGAAGAAGGGCAUCCUGGUGGGCCUCAAGCAGAAGCAACGGCUCAAGCAGCCGCAGUUCGACAGUAACAAUCUGGUGCUGAUCGACGACAAUGGCAGUCCGCUGGGCACACGCAUACACGUGCCCAUUCCGACGGUGCUGCGGACCAUCCUCAAGGAGAAGACGCUGGCGAAGGGCGCCGACUACACCAAGGUGCUGGCCAUAGCCAGUCGCUACGUUUAGUACUGACCAAUUCAUGCGGUUUCUCAUGUGUGCGUGCUUUUGAAAUAAAUACAUGAUUUUCGUUAUAGUUAAUAUA